AUGCCGGCGGCGUCAAAGAAGGUAGUGCAGAGUAUUAAAGAGAUUGUUGAUAAGAAUUGUACGGACACAGAGAUCUACCUAGUGCUUUGCGACUGUAAUAUGGAUGCUGAUACCGCCAUUCAAAAACUCCUCUCUCAAGAUACUUUUCAUCAAGUGAAGAGCAAACGUGGAAGAAGAAAAGAGAUGAAGGAGACACAAGAAUCAAAGGCUCGGGAUAAUAACAAUGGUUAUCGUGGAGUUAAAGUUGGUGGUGAAUAUAAUGUUGGACAUGUACCGUCUCAAUUCAGCUAUAACGACCUUGGUAAAGCUGCAUAUAGGAAAGAGAAUGGGUUGGUUGCUACUUUGGAGCCUUCUUCAUCAACUUUGAUAUAUCGUGUGAAAACAUCAAAUGAGCAGCCUUCAUCCAACAAUGAUUCUUGCAAUGCUGAAGACAGAAGGAAAGCUACAGGAAGUGGUGAUACCAUUUCUUCAUCUGUGCAACUGUCAUCAGGAACUCAAGCUGCUUGGUCAGGAGGUACCUCAGGACAUGUUUCUAUGGCUGACAUUGUUAGGAUGGGUAGGCCGCACAACAGGGGUUCCCAAAUUCCGAUGGAGACAUCUUAUACACCUCAAGAUGUAGUAGAUAAAGUAAACUCAUCCCAGCACCGUCGUAAACCUUCAUGUGAUUCUUCUUCCUCCCCACCAGAAGUGCACCAAGGUCUGCAACGUCCACAUAUGUCUCGGGUGUCCGAGACAAUUCACGAGUCUGGUCUUAAAGCAAGCUUUCAUGAUGAAUGGCCUGUUUUUGAGCAGCAAACAGCUGCUGAUGGGUCAUUUACCUUUAAUGUGUCUAAUACCUCCAGCACCGAGAUGUUUUCUAAUCAAUCUUAUUUCUUUGGUGAUGGAACGAAUUUGACUGAAGAUCACAAAUUAGAGGAUGUCCAAGUAUCAGGGAGGGAUGCUGCUAACAAGAAUCCAGGUUCUUAUUGUGCUGAAUCUGCUUUUCCAUGUAGAAGACAGGAAAAUGUGAGUAGUGCUGUAGGUGGUUCUCGAUGUGGUGAUGGGUUACUGAAGGACAUAACUCAUGAUUCUUGGAGAAGCAUGAAUGAUCAUCGGGAAGGAACUGGAAGUGGCUUCCAUUUACCUUUUCCAAAUGGUGCUGCACCUUUGAAUGAUGAGGUAUUUUCAGCUACUGUGAACUUGCAGCAGCUAAGUUUGGGGAAGGAGGAGCCCGAAGUGCCUCCAUCUCAGGAUAAUCAUGCAGUGUUGUUUCCCGAGUAUAUGCAAGCCUUAGCUGCGGACUGCUCACAUUUGAGUUUUGGUACAUACAAAUCUGGGCCUUAUAAUGCAGUUUCUGGGCCACUAGAAUCAACUUCCAUAAAGACCGACUUGGAGGAGAUUAGGCAUGAAAAUCCAGAGGACCUUGGUGAGAUCCUUCGAGAUGAGCAGCUUGGAUCCAUGUCUGCUACACAUCGAUUAACUGGAGGUGUUGUGAUUCAUAAAAUGCCUGUAUAUUCAGAGCCAGAGCUUUUGAGACAAAACAUUCAUGAAGAAUCCCAUGGGUGCGAAUACACCCAUCCAUCAUCUGUACCUGAUUCCAAUUUUAAGGAACCCCAAGAGCUGGGUUCCUUGGGUGUUAGGAUACAUCCAAAAGCUAGGAACCUUUCUUCUCUUCACAUGGAACUGCAAGCAAGUUCAACAACUUUACCAAUGGAUUUGCUGGCAUCAACUAUUCAAUCUUCAAGAGAUUCUGAUUAUGCCAAGUCAUCUUUCCUUGGAACCCAAUCAAUGCCCUUGAGAUUUGGUAGUACUGUAUCAUACACCAGCAAUCCAUCCAUCUCCCAGUCAGAGGUUACGAGUCCUAGAGCCUUUUCUCUACCUAUGUCAUAUUCGCCAACACUGCCUGGUGCUACUAUUGCCCCACAACCAGCACUUUCUCAUCAUCUUUCAGCAAAUUUAUACUCUCAACCUACUGUUUCCUUGGAAGGGCUGACCAAUUUGACAGGCUAUCCCGCUGUGCCUCAGAACUAUGCUAGUAAUCCAUCUGCUGCUUUUCAUCAAGCCUAUCAAGAUAGCAGUGUGUUCCAUGAUUCCUUGUCAAGCAUGGGCUACAGCCACCCACAAUACAGAACAGGUGCUUCCAGGAGCAAUUUGUCCUCAUCUGAAUCAAACAUGUCUGGUUAUGGAGGUUUUGUGAGCGCCGCCAACUUUCCUGGAUCUGUUUUGCAAGCUGCUGCCCCAAUUGUUUCUGCAGGUGGCUAUGAUGUUUUGCAUUCUCAGUAUCAAGAGAGAAAUAAUUACACGACACUUCAUCAGAAUGAUGGCUCUUCAAGAAUGAUGUCAGCUCUCCCAGACAAUGGACAUUUCGGUUUGCAAGGACAUGGUCAACUGCUUUCUGGAUAUCCACACGGUCAGCAGCAGCUGUCACGGGAUUAUAGGUCCCUAUGGCAAUUGAAUAAUUAUCAACAAGGUCAGCAGCAGCUCUCACAGGAGUAUGGUGCUCUAUUUCAUGCAAAGUCUUAUCACUCUCAAGCCGGAAUUCCAUCAGAACAACCACAUCAAAGCCAUAUUGACCUUAGUUUUAGUAGUUCCCAAGAAGGGUCAGCGCCUAAGCAAUUGCAACAACUCUGGCAGCAGAGCUACUAA